AUGUCCCGCCGCAAGGCCGGCAGCACGCCCCGCCGAGUAGACCCCGCGCCCGCCUCCAACUCAGACGACGAGAUGGAGAUGCCGGACCUCGUCAUCGAAGUGAAUCCUGAACCAUCCGCGCGGCCGCUACAGGCCCCGGAGCUCGGACCCUUCUUUCCGAAGGAGGUGUCCGCGCCGGGGCGGUUCGGGGGCGAACCCUGCCACUAUGCCGGCCCCAUGCCCGCCGGAGCCGCCCUCCUCGCGCAGGACCAGCGGGGCCUGUGGACGCCGCUGACCCCGAACCCUCCCGACCGCCAGCCCUGGACCGACAAACACCCAGAUCUGCUGACCUGCGGCCGCUGCCUGCAGACCUUCCCGUUGGAGGCCAUCACUACCUUCAUGGACCACAAGAAGCUGGGCUGUCAGAUCUUCAGAGGCCCCAGCCCCUACCAGGACUCAGAACGUGAGGACCUGAAGGCCUUGAGCUGCCUUCGCUGUGGCAGGCAGUUCACGAGAGCCUGGAAACUGCUGCGCCAUGCCCAGUGGGACCACGGACUGUCCAUUUACCAGACGGAAUCAGAGGCCCCAGAGGCCCCGCUGCUGGGCCUGGCUGAGGUGGCUGCAGCUGUGUCGGCAAUGGUGGGGCCAGCAGCUGAGGCUAAGGGCCCCCGCAUGAGCAGCCUCACCCGGCGGAUCCCCACCUGCCCUGUGUGCAAGAAGACCCUCAGCUCCUUCAGCAACCUCAAGGUGCACAUGCGCUCCCACACGGGUGAGCGGCCCUACGCCUGUGACCAGUGUCCCUAUGCCUGUGCCCAAAGCAGCAAGCUCAAUCGCCACAAGAAGACCCACAGGCAGCUGCCAUCCCAGAGCCCCUGCAUGGCUGAUACCAGCCAGGAACAGGCCUCUGCUGCCCCUCCAGAGCCAGCUGCCCAUGCUGCUGCCCCGGCCAGCACCCUCCAGUGCAGUGGUGGAGAGGGGGCUGGAGCUGCCGAUACAGCAGGUGUCCAGGAACCUGGGGCUCCUGGCAGUGGAGCUCAGGCGGGCCCCAGUGGGGACAGUUGGGGAGCUGUCACCAAGGAACUGAGAACUGACCCUGCAAAGAGCCAGAAGAAGUCGCCCAAGAAGAUGCCCAAGUCAGUGGGCAAGAGCCGCGGGCCUGGCAGCAGCUGUGAGUUCUGCGGGAAGUAUUUUGCCAACAGCAGUAACCUAACAGUGCACCGGCGCUCUCACACUGGCGAGCGGCCCUAUACCUGUGAGCUCUGCCCCUAUGCCUGUGCCCAGAGCAGCAAGCUCAACCGCCACCGCCGCAUGCAUGGCCUGGGGCCUGGCAGCACCCGCUUCGAGUGCCCCCACUGCUGUGUACCCUUCGGUCUACGUGCAACCCUGGACAAACACCUGCGGCAGAAGCACCCUGAGGCAGGCAUGGAGGCCUGA